AUGUCUCCCUCCGCUUCCAUCGCCGAGACUUGUGAUCUCGAAGCACAGCAGUGUAAGCAGGAUGUCCACCGUCCCGCGGUCACCACGUCCCUGAUGGCUACACCAGCAGAACCUCGACACCGUCAACUUGCUGAUCCGUCGCCGUUGGGUCUACUUGCUUUUGCCCAGGCCCUAUUUCUAAUCAGCCUGUUUGGUGUAAGCCCCAAGGGUGUUACAGUGCCUAAUGUUUUGAUCUCAAGUCUGAUCGCAUACGGCGGCCUCGGCCAAACGAUUGCCGGCAUCUUCGCCUUCAUUCACGGUAACACCUUCGGUGCUACCGUGUUUUGUACCUACGCUGGCUUCCAGCUUUCAUAUGCCCUCAUUUACCUUCCCGGCUCGGGCAUCAUUGCCGCAUACACCGAUACAGUCACCGGUCUUCCUACGGCGGAAUUCACCCAGGCGAUUGCGCUGUUCAUCUGGGCCUGGUUUAUUGUUACCAUGAUCUUCACCGUCGCCGCGACCCGCAGCAACUUGAUCAUGCUGCUCGUCCUGGUGUUCACUGACCUGACCUUGCUAUUCCUGGCUUGUCAAUACCACACAGGUAUUGCCGCCCUGGGCACGGCUGCUAGUGCGUUUGGAUUCGUCACGGCUUUCUUGGCUUACUGGGCCGGUGCAGCUGCGUUGUGGAGCGUGGCAACGCCCAUCAAUGUGCCCAUGUUCCCUCUGGUCAAGCAGGAGAAAUCGGCCUAA